GACAAGAUGAUUAAGAAUUGAGUCAAUUUCAAAACUUCAUUAGUCAUUUUAUUGCCUUUUCUUAGUUGUUUGUCUAAAAUAGAGUAUAGAAGUUUUUAGGCAUUUUAAGGAUUUAAUAUUCUUCUUUUGUAUAAUUAAUUGGAGAAACAGUUUCUAUGUCAACCCAGUUGAUUACUUCAAGGCAUGAACAUGUAUAGGUGGUACUAUUUUAUCUUUAUGUUUGAAUCAAUCAGAGUAAGAACUCUAAUGUGGUGGUUCUAUAUCUCUAUGUUUGUGCCUAACAUGCAUCCUCUUCUCCACAUUACCUAAGGAAUGAUUAUUGUUGUAAGAUCUGAAUUCUGUGCAAGCAAAGAGAUAAAUGGCAACAAAAUUGAUUGAAAGUUUGCAAAGCAUGAGAGAUUUAAUUAUGUUCCGAAAUAUAAGGCUUUUGUCGCAUUUGCUUGUGCCAUUGUUUUUGCAUGGAAUUGCUCAUGAAAUGUCCAGUCCAUAUCUGAUGGAAGUAAUCAGCAGUGCUUUGUGUCCUGGAGAGACUACCUGCUCUGAUGCGCUUUACCUGAAUAAUCUUCAACAAACUAUUGCUGGGCUUCUAAUGAUUCCUGUACUUCCGCUCUUGUGUGAACUUUCAGAUGAGUAUGGAAGGAAACCGCUUCUCCUUUUGACAAUAUCUACUUCCAUUUUCCCUGUUGUUCUUCUUGCCAUUAGCAAUUCAAGGGCAUUCAUUAAUGCAUACUUCGCUCUUCGUUGUCUUUCCUACAUUCUAAGUCUCAGGAGCGUUUUCUGCAUUGCUAUUGCCUAUGCGGCAGAUGUAGUUGAGGAUGAUAAAAGAGUUGCAGCGUUCAGUUGGAUCACAGGUGUAUUAUCAGCUUCACAUGUCUUGGGGACUUUGCUAGCGAGGUUUGUCCCGGGAAAGUACAUUUUUGAGUUGUCAAUCCCUCUGUUGUUCAUGUGCCCGCUCUUUAUACAACUUUUUGUGGCUGAGACUGCCAGACGGGCACCUAUGACAAAGCAGUCACUCUGGUCCAUCCUUUUUAAGCCCAUCAGAGAGCGAUACAGUUCUAUCAGAUAUGGCGCAACUGUAAUCUUUACCAAACCUACACUCAGGGGGAUUUAUCUGGUUUCUUUUUUCUAUGAGUUCGGCAUGUGUGGCAUCAGCAGUGUUCUUCUGUUCUAUAUGAAGGAUGCCUUAAAUAUGAAUGAAGGUAAUAUGUCAGCGACGCUAAUGAUUGUACAAAUCGGAUCAGUUUUCUCACAGAUGUUGAUUGUACCUGUAAUUAAUGCGUUAACUGGGGAGAAGGCCAUAUUAUCCAUGGGUCUACUUGCAUCAGUGACCUAUGCAUUUUUCUACAGCGUGGCGUGGGCGACUUGGCUGCCAUACAUUAGUGUGUCACUUGGGCUAGCAUAUGGAUUCGUCAAACCUUCAAUUUGCGCAAUUAUAUCAAGAGCAUCAAGUUCAAAUGAACAGGGGAGAGUACAAGGAUUCCUUGCUGCAGUGGACUCAAUAGCAGGUUUCAUAUCACCGCUUAUUAUGACACCAUUAACUCAGUGGUUUCUAUCAAACAAUGCGCCAUUCGACUGCAAAGGCUUCAGCUUGGUUUGUGCAGCCUUUUCGAUGAUGGUUGCCCUGGUCAUCGCUAUGCCGUUGAAACCAGAAACAACAUGGAAUCACGAUCUCAAAGUAGUCCUCCUUACAUGAAAUGUGAAUAGAUCAUUUGCAGGAACUUCUUUCAAGUAGUUUGUAUCCAGAGAUUUGGUUUUGAUAGUGUAAAUAUCUUCUUUGCAGCCCAAAAUUGAGGAAAAAAAGAGAGUAAAUCAUCUGACAAAUUACAGCAUCUUAAGUUUUAUAUUA